AUGAGUGAUCAAGACUCUUCUCAAAUUGCACUUAUUGUUGUGUUCAGUAUAUUUAUUGGACUGUACUUAUUUAUUUUGAUCAUCUUACAUUGUUUUGGAAAGAUAAACAAUAUUAUAUUUCCAGCUCCAACUCCUAUGUAUGAAGAAAAAUAUUUUGAGGACAAACUUUAUUUUGCAAACCUUUACAAUUAAGAUGGUAAUUUGGGUAAAACUAAAAUAAACGUAGUUAAUGGAAAACCAACUGAAUAUUCAUAAAAUCUUGAAAAAGUCAGAAGCCUUCCUUAUGUCUAUCUCAAAAACAAAUAUUCAGAAACGAAUUUAUAUAUAAUAUAUUUUCAUGGCAAUGCAGAAGACAUGUAUAUGUUAUAUUUGAUAGACUUAGGUGGGCAGCUGCUUAAUUUAUGGAAUAAUUAAUGAAAAUGAUAAAUGCAAAUAUUUUUGUUAUAGAAUAUCCAGGUUAUGGCAUAUAUAGGAAUGUUUAACCGACUUCAACCCUAAUUGAACAAGAUGCAUUAAUUUAUUAUGAUGAAAUUAAAAAGGAGUUCAAAUUACAGGAUGAAUAAAUCUAUAUCUUUGGAAGGUACUAUUUCUUUGGAUUAAGAUCUAUCGGCACGGGGCCUUCAUUUUAUUUGGCAAGUCAAAGAAAUAUAAGAGGAUUGAUAACAAUGUCAGCUUAUAAAUCAAUUAGACAUAUCAUCAGUGAUUUUUGCAAUGGUUGUGGAUGCAUUCUAAAUCUAUUAUGUUGCUUGCCUAAUUUCUUCAGAAAUUUAGAAAGGUCGUAAGAUAUUAAAUGUCCUAUAGUGUUGAUUCAUGGAUUGGAUGAUCCUCUAAUUCUAUCACAUCAUUCAUAAGAAAUCUAUUAGAAGUAAGAACAUUUUCAUAAAUCAAGUCUUCCAGUUAAAAUUCAAUAAUAAUCGAAUCUUAAUUUGAGGCCAAGAAUGACACACAAUGAAUAUGACAUCGAUGACGAUAUUGCAUGUCCAAUAUUAGAAGGCUUCACUGAUUUAAAAUAGAAGAAAUUUUCAUGA